AAAGGUGGGGCAUCAGAAAUAAGGACCAGUGGUCCCAUGAGACCUGAAUGGACAGAAAAUCACACAUUCACCCGGACACACAACACACACACACAAAGGGAAGCAACACAAGAUGACCAAGCUGCAGUUCUACCUAUCCCAACCCCAACUCUAUCUUGUCCUACCCUCCCUCUCUUUCCCUCUCUCUUGAUCCAGCGUUCACACACCUGCUCCACUCUUGUUGAUGUCUAAGAGCUGGUGAGACACAAAAACAAAAGGGCAAUGCGUUGACACUUAGUAUACCUCACUGUUUUCCUCCACCUCUCUGGUUCUGACAUUUUUUUCUCUUCCUCCUCCUCCUCCUCCUCUUCCCUCUGUAAGGAAAAGGAGUACCUGUGAGUCUGAACACGGCUGCUGAGACGACUGAAUACAGCCCGUUAAUUCUGGAUCCUGUGUCAAACAAAAAAUAAUGACUGGGAGCCAUCGAGCUGCCCCGGCUGCACUGGGCACCCCAGCUUUCCCAACCCUCUUGCCAAAUGCAACAUUCAAUCCAGGCCAAAAACAAUCUGGAGGCCAAAGUCCCAACAAGUUCAUGAGUGAACUACGCAGCAUCCACAUGCAAUCGUGGGCUGUUGCUGCCCUUUGUAUCGUCGGUUUGUGCGUGGUGCUGUCGUGUGCUGUGUGUGUAUGGAAGAAGUGCUUGAAAAAGAAGGACAAGGACAAAGAAAAGGACAAGAAAAAGGGAAAAGAGAAGAAUAAGGGAGGUUUUGACACUGAAAUGGAUGGAGGUUACAACGAGCCGCUGAAAGAUGAAGGUAACAAAGAAACAGAGCUGUCAGAUAAUGAGCCAAAGGAGGAGGAGAAGCUGGGCAGACUACAUUUCACAUUAGACUACAACUUCACAGAUAAUACGCUGGUAGUGGGCAUCUUGCAGGCUGCAGAGCUUCCUGCCAUGGAUGUGGGAGGUAGCUCUGACCCUUAUGUUAAACUCUAUCUGCUCCCGGACAAAAAGAAAAAGUUUGAGACCAAAGUUCAUAGGAAGACCCUCGAACCCAACUUCAAUGAGACGUUCACAUUUAAGGUACCAUAUACUGAGCUGGGCGGGAAGACACUGGUGAUGACUGUGUAUGACUUCGACCGUUUUUCAAAGCACGAUGCCAUAGGAGCUGUGAAGAUACCGAUGAGCAGUGUGGACUUCAGCCAGUCUCUGCAGGAGUGGAAGGACCUGCAGAAGGCAGAGAAGGAGGAGAGUGAGCGGCUUGGAGACAUAUGUUUGUCCUUGAGAUAUGUGCCUACUGCAGGGAAGCUGACAGUGGUGAUUCUGGAGGCCAAAAACCUGAAGAAAAUGGAUGUGGGUGGAUUAUCAGACCCUUAUGUGAAGAUCCACUUAAUGCAGAAUGGGAAAAGACUCAAGAAAAAGAAAACAACGAUAAAGAAGAACACUUUGAACCCUUACUACAAUGAGUCUUUCAGCUUUGAAGUGCCAUGUGAACAGAUAGAGAAGGUGCAGGUAGCGGUGACUGUGUUGGACUAUGAUAAGAUUGGGAAGAAUGACGCCAUAGGGAAGGUGCUGCUGGGCAGUAACAGCACUGGGACUGAGCAACGCCACUGGUCAGACAUGCUGGCAAACCCUCGGCGGCCGAUAGCCCAAUGGCAUAGCCUCCAGCCAGAGGAUGAAGUCAACGCACUAAUUUCCAACAAGAAAUGAAACUGUGACCCCAGUAUGCUAUGAAACAUUGCAGCAUUUACCUCAGCUAUUUCCAAUUUAUGUUUGUACUUCUGCCCUAAUUCCCCUUAAAAACUUUUGAGCUACUUAACUGAGUAAAUGUACCCAAUGAUACCCUGUUUUACCCAUGAUACUAUCUGAGUCACUAUUCCAAAUUUAAAGCCUUCCUUCAGUAAUUGCCUACUGCUUCUACCUAAACUGCUAUGAAGAGUUUUCAACAAAGAUGUAUCACUCGGUACAGAGCUAUUAAACCAGAUGAGAUUUUU